CGUAACCCGUCGUGAAUGGCCGCGCCGAUUCAGCUCCAGCCCAGAACUCAGCCCAACCCAGCCUGGCCCAGCCCAGUCGUCCCAGAUUGGAAGCGGGUCUACGCGUCUCCUCCCCUCUCUUUCUCCUCCGUCCGUCUCCCUGUUGCCGAACCACGCAACUCCGCCGCCGACGCCAUGGGAAGGCGAUCCAACAGCGGCAAGAAGCUGCCCUUCUUCGGCUCCGCCUCCGGCUCGACCACCUCCAAGCGCAACCGCUCCGCGCGCCGCAUCCCCUCCCUCCCCAAGCAGCAAUCCCCGCAUCCUCCCUCCACGACCUCUCAGCUCCCUGCGCCGCAGACCACCGCGUCUCCGCUUCCCGCUCUCGCUCCCGGGGGUGGUGGUGGCGGGGGUGGCGGCGCCACCCCCACUGCCGUGUCCGGCAAGGUCGGCAAGAAGAAGGCCGGCGCGCGCCUGUGGAUGCGACUGGACCGGUGGGGCUCCUCCGAGGUCGUUGAGCUUGACAAGGCCUCCAUCAUCCGCCGUGCCGGCGUGCCCCCGCGCGACCUCCGCAUCCUCGGCCCCGUCUUCUCCCACUCCUCCAGCAUCCUCGCUAGGGAGAAGGCGAUGGUGAUCAACCUAGAAUUCAUCAGGGCGAUCGUCACGGCCGAUGAGGUCCUCCUAUUGGACCCUCUAUCGCACGAGGUGAUCCCUUUUGUCGACCAAUUGAGGCAGCAUCUCCCUCUGAGGAGCCUGGUGGGUGGGGACGGUGAACAUGGCACUGAAGACCAUGUGGAAAAGCAGGAGGGCUCGCCUGGGGAUCAGGUGCCCUGUCUUAAUGAGGCAACCGGGGCAGAGCAUGAGCUGCCAUUCGAGUUCCAGGUGCUGGAGGUCGGGCUUGAGGCCGUCUGCUCGACGUUGGAUUUGAGUGUGGCUGAUCUUGAGAGGCGCGCUACUCCUGUACUCGAUGAGCUGACCAAGAAUGUGAGCACGCGGAACCUGGAGCGUGUGCGGAGCCUCAAGAGUGACCUUACCCGAUUGCUAGCCCGUGUGCAGAAGGUCAGAGAUGAAAUAGAACAUCUUCUAGAUGAUAAUGAAGACAUGGCACAUCUAUAUCUAACACGGAAACAAGGACAGAAUCAGCAGGUUGAGGCUAUAAUGACAUCUGCUGCUCCCAAUAGCAUUGUUCCUGUAGGAGCAAGUCUGCCCAAGCUGAACUCUAGUUUUCGGCGUAGCGCGAGCAUUGCUACCAGUAUAUAUUUGGAUAACGAUGUGGAAGAUCUAGAGAUGUUGCUUGAGGCGUACUUCAUGCAGCUGGAUGGUAUUCGCAACAGGAUUUUAUCGGUUCGAGAGUAUAUCGAUGACACAGAAGACUACGUCAACAUUCAACUCGACAACCAGCGUAAUGAACUCAUUCAGCUUCAGCUUACGCUGACCAUCAUAUCCUUUGGCGUAGCUAUCAAUACCUACAUAGCUGGGGCAUUUGCAAUGAACAUCCCGUGCUCGCUUUAUGUCAUCACUGAUGGCAGCUUCUUCUGGCCGUUUGUCGGGGGUACCUCGUCUGGCUGCUUCAUGAUCUCGGUCGUUUUGUUAGGGUACGCCUGGUGGAAGAAGUUGCUCGGUCCUUGAGCACAGACUGGAUACCAGUCAUAAAAUGGUGAGAGGGUCUCAUCAUCAUUGUGACGGUGACAGCCUCACAUUCGCUUGCAUUGUCCUCCGUCAAGGGGGCAAGCAUUUGAAGUACAGGAGCACCGGUGUUAGGGAGAAACUCUGAUGUUUCAUAGUUGUAUAGAUAAGAUAAAAUAUGCUGUGACUUUCCAUCGGCAUAGUAUACGAACGCUUCAUAUUGAAAGAUAUGUUGAGCUUAUUUUUCUUCCUUUUCACCAGAUGUGGCUGUGCUGCUGUAACAGAAAAUCUUGACGAAAUCAUGUUCAUCUUAACUUCAAUUAUUGUGCACAUAACCUUUUUUCA